AUGUGUGAUGGGAUACCUCAACGAUCAACAACAACAACAAAACAACCUUUUGAUGAUCAUCACGUUUCUGCAUUCAAAAACGUUCAUCAUCGUAGUGUUCCCUUUCAAUGAACGAACAAAAAAGAUGAAAGAUGAAAUGUCUUUAUUAGAUGAUGCCAUUAAUGUUGCAACCGGUCUACGUGGUAAUCCACAUCUUAUGAAUCGUAUUCGACAAUCAUUGAAUGAACAAUCAAAAAUUAAUGUUUCAAAAUUGAAAAAAUUCCAACAAUCAUCAUCAUCAUCAUCAUCGGAAUUUCGUAAACUGAAAAUUGAUCCGAAUUCCGUAAUUGAUGAUGUAACGAUUGUGGCCGAAGGAUUACGACAAUAUGCUAAUUAUGUGGCUAAACAUUCGGUUAAAGUUGAUCCAACCAUAAAAAUGACUCCAACUCUCGACUUGACUACUCUCAUACCACAAUCACAAUCAUCAGUAAUGACGGCAAAAGAACAAAAACUUAAAACAAGACCGAUGAUUACACCAACAAUGAAUCCAAUUGAACCUCUUGCUAAACAAAACAAUUUUCGUCGAUCCAUAUCUGAACCAACCACCACUGGUGGUGGUAGUACAUUUCGUCCAGAUUAUAUGGCACAGAAAAAAAGUCUAAACGAAGCUGCUGCAUUGAAAUUAUCGGAAAAAUCACGUGAACGUAAAGUACCGGCAAAUCGUUUGUCACGUGUAUUAUCAUUCGGUGGUCUAGCCGUUUCAAUGGGAUUCAGUGCAGCCGAAGAAUUAGCCAAAAGAAUUGUUGUUGGCGCUGUUGAUAAUAAUAAUAAUAAUGGUAAAACGGAAAAUUCUGUUUUUGCUACAAAUCUUUUUCUAACGAAAAAUAAUGCACAAAAAAUUGUCGAUACAUUAUGUCAGGUUCGUGGUGCAGCAUUAAAAUUAGGUCAAAUGCUCAGUAUACAAGAUAAUGAAUUACUUGGACCAGAAUUACAAUCUAUAUUUGAACGUGUAAGACAAUCGGCUGAUUAUAUGCCAAAAUCACAAUUGGAAGCCAUGGUACGCCAUGAACUUGGCGAUAAUUGGCAAUCAUUAUUUUCAAAAUUCGAUAUGAAACCAUUUGCAGCUGCAAGUAUUGGUCAAGUACAUCAAGCACAACUUGAUGAUGAUGAUGGAUCAUUAGUUGCCGUUAAAGUACAAUAUCCUGGUGUUGCCGAAAGCAUUGAAAGUGAUAUUAAAAAUGUAUUGACAAUCAUUAAAUAUGCAAAUAUUUUUCCCGAAGGUUUAUUCAUUGAUCAUAUAAUGAAUUAUGCAAAAGUUGAACUUGCAUGGGAAGUAGAUUAUUGUCGUGAAGCACAAUGCCAGAUACGAUAUGGUGAUUUGAUUCGUGAACACAGUUAUCCGGAAGAAAAUCUUCGUGUACCACGUGUAUAUGAAUCAUUAUCGACCAGGAAAGUAUUGACAACUGAAUUAAUUUCCGGUAUUCCUAUUGAUAAAUUGGAUGAUUUUAAUGAAACAUCUGAUCCGGCCGUAAAAAAUUCCGUUAUGGAACGUAUUUUACGUUUAUUUUUUCGUGAAUUAUUCGUCUUUAAUUACAUGCAAACCGAUCCAAAUUGGUCGAAUUUUUUCUACGAUUAUACAACCGAUACAUUAUCAUUGAUUGAUUUCGGAAAUUGUCGUCCAUUUUCCGAACAAUUUGUCAUGAAAUAUCGUGAAAUAAUUGAAGCGGCAAUUGAAAAUGAUCGUCAAACUAUAUUGGAUAAAUCAUUGGAGAUUGGAUUCCUAACUGGUUAUGAAACGGAAAUGUUUAAAAAUGCACAUGCCGAUUCUGUUCUAAUCAUUGGCGAGGCGUUACGAAUUUCUGAUCGUUUUGAUUUUAGCCGUCAAUCUGUGAUCAAACGAAUCAAUAAUCAAUUACCAAUACUGUUGAAACAUCGAUUGAAACCACCGCCAGAAGAAAUUUAUUCAUUACAUCGAAAACUUUCCGGACUAUUUUUACUUUGUUGUAAAUUAAAAGUACAAGUAAAUUGUCGUGCAAUCUAUGACGAUGUUGUCGAUCAAAUGAUACGAUUGAAACAACAACAACAACAUCAAUCAAAUCAAUAAUAAAGAUAAUUUGAAACGCAA